UUCGUUGUUAUCAGAGCGAUAGAGAUAGAGAGAGAGAGAGAGAGGAUGGUGACGAAGGAACAGGUCGAAGCUUCGCUGACUUCGAAACUCAAGCCUAUUCAUCUCGAAGUCACUGACAUAUCUGGAGGUUGCGGUUCGAGUUUUGAGGUUGAGGUUGUCUCUGAGCAGUUCGAAGGGAAGAGAUUGCUAGAGAGGCACCGUAUGGUGAAUGCUGCACUGGAAGAAGAAAUGAAGGAGAUUCAUGCUCUUUCUAUUAAGAAAGCUCAGACUCCACAACAAUGGAAGCCGUCACAAGACUCUGCUACCCAACCCAAAGAUGCUUGAACUUAAGGCCUUUUGUGAGAAAAGACCACCAGAGGUUGACUAUGUUUGAUACUUUUGUGGUUACUUGCAAAUCUACAAUUUCAGCUUAAUUUCUUUUAAAACUGGUUUCGGUUGGGCUCGGAUAAGGUUGAACAUCCAUAACUUCAAUAUAUAAAGGAUUUUUAACAUAAAA